GCGAUGAGACAGAGAGGCGCCUCCCAGGCCCUGCUGAUCAACAUGUACCUGUCAGAUCCUGUCGGAGACGGUCUCUUCAAGGAAGGGAAGAGCCCAGGUUGGGGGCCGCUGAGUCCCGCCGUGCAGAAAGGCAGCGGGCAGAUCCAGCUGUGGCAGUUCCUGCUGGAGCUUCUGGCCGACCGCGCCAACGCCGGCUGCAUCGCGUGGGAGGGCGGCCACGGCGAGUUCAAGCUCACGGACCCCGACGAGGUGGCGCGGCGCUGGGGCGAGCGCAAGAGCAAACCCAACAUGAACUACGAUAAGCUCAGCCGCGCGCUCCGCUACUACUACGACAAGAACAUCAUGAGCAAAGUGCACGGCAAGCGCUACGCCUACCGCUUCGACUUCCAGGGCCUCGCGCAGGCCUGCCAGCCGCCCCCCGCGCACGCCCACGCCCACGCCGCGGCCCAGGACGGGGCGCUCUACAAGCUGCCCGCCGGCCUCGCCCCGCUGCCCUUCCCCGGCCUCUCCAAACUCAACCUCAUGGCCGCCUCGGCCGGCGUGGCACCCACCGGCUUCUCCUACUGGCCCAGCCCGGGCCCCGCCGCCACCGCCGCGCUCUACCCCGGCCCGGCCUUGCAGCCCCCGCCCGGGCCCUUCGGCGCCGUGGCCGCCGCCUCGCACUUGGGGGGCCAUUAUCACUAA